AUGCUACAAGAUUGGAAACAACUUGAAGGGUGCGGUAUGGGGAACGUCACCUCGUAUGUAUGCGACGGUGGGAGAGGGCAGUAUAACAGUCCACUUAAGAAUACAUGGAUAAUGGGAUCCAAUCCAAGUACAAGUAAAAAACUAGAAGACACGACGUCUCAGGAGUCAAGUCAGCCUAAGCCACGUGACGAUGAAAAUGACAUGAACUUCGCGCGCUACUAUACUUGGCAUCUCCAACGAGAAGAAUGUGAGCAGGAAGGGCGUAUUGAAGACCACCAAGAUACCUUUGGGAUGAAUGGAAAGUCAGACGUCGAGCAGAGCACAUUUCACCACGAGGACGGAACUAUUUAUAACUGUAUAAUUGACGACGGACAGCGUUACUAUUUCGACUCGAAAGACGAGCAGGUUUGGAAGCCGUUUCCCUCGACGUGGCUGUCGCGAGGAACUCUGGUAGAAGGGACUCACUACGAUGGAGAUGACAUGGUUAGCGACCCUGGUGAAGGAAUCAAGACUCGGAUGCAAUCUCCUUCACCUAAACUAGAGGCCAAUGAAUCAUCUCAGGCGAUGGCGAUGUUGCUUGCCCCGGGAAUGAAGACAUUGCGACAGACAACUAAAUCUCUGAGGAUAGCAACCCAGCAGUUAAAAUACACUUGUCAACAACAUUUCACAGAAAUUAACAACUUAAUACAGGACGCUGCCUUGAAUUUGCCAUCACUGAACUCACCAAUGACGUCACCUAGAAUCACCAAUGACACAUCAGAGACAGAAUUGUUGCGUUCGGCAUACAGAUUAGAGUGUCUGCAGAGAAAGAGUUAUUACAAUAAGCUUCAGGAGACAAAGGGGAACAUCCGGGUAUUCUGUCGUUGUCGCCAACUUGAAGGAGACAAAUCCAACAAAUCAUUUGAGUUGUUGACAGACCAAGAGGUGAUAUGCAAUGACGGACGGACUUUUAAAUUUGAUAAGGUGUUUCCACCGUUUGCAACUCAACAAGAGGUAUUUGAUGAGGUUAUGCCGCUCACCUUGUCGUGUAUAGAUGGAUACAGUCUGUGCGUGGUAGGGUACGGACAAUCAGAUUCAGGUACAACAUACACUCUACUGGGUACGCAGCACGAAGCAGGAAUUGGUAUCAGAGCGAUUGGAGAUAUUUUCAAGAAAUGCUCACAGAAACAUCUGGUGGAUUUUGCAUUCAAGUUUUCAAUGGUCGAAAUAUACAAUGACUGUGUGUACGAUCUUUUGGGAAUGGAUGCACGCUCGAAUUUAACAUUACUGGAUGACCCCAAAUCAAGCAACGAGUUCAUUGCAGAUGGUGUAACUAAGGUAAUCGUCAAAGAUGAUACGGAUGUAAUGAAAAACUUAAUACGAGGAAUCCAUGCCCGAAUUAGCGGAAUCACAUCGACACAUUCUUCAAGUUGUAGAUCCCAUUUGCUGAUAGCUCUACAGAUAGGAGGUGUUAAUAGAAUAUCCGGGGUUACAAGUAAUGGCUCCAUUGCCAUUGUCGAUUUAGCGUGCACGGAAACCAUCCAUAUAGGCAAAGGUGAUAAUUCUGGACAGAGCAUGGUUGAGUCUACCACAGUGCACAAAUCAUUCAUGUCGUUGCAAUUGGUGUUGAAAGCUCUUCGAACAAAGACAGGCACUGUGCCCUUUAAUAAUUCCGUCCUGACCCAGACAUUACGACCAUUUUUUGGACCGGACGCUAAGGUAUGCUUCUUUGCUACUGUCAACCCGGAACAAGAUCACGUGAGUGAAACGUUGAACACGCUAGAAUACGCGUCUACAAUUAUAACGCAAUCAACACCAGGAAGCGAGAAAUGGGACCAACAACGAUGA